AUUAGGGAUAGUACCAGUGAAAGAAAACAAUGUAAAAACAAAGGAACUAGCGUGCCCUCAAUAAGCAACUUCUCCACUUCGCCAAAUUUGUAACGCUUUUUAAACCAAAACAAAUACCUUACUUGCAGGCCACCUCGACGCCGCCGCCGCCGCCGUCGCGAACCAUAAAAAAACCCCAACCCUACCGCUUCGCCGGCGAAACCGGGGCUGGCGGCGUCGGGGACUAUGGGGGAGUACGCGGCGGUGAAGACCUCGGUGUGGUGGGACAUCGAGAACUGCCAUGUCCCCCGCUACUGCGACCCCCACCUCAUCGCGCAGAACAUGAGCUCCGCCCUCGCCGCCGCCGGCUACACCGGCCCCAUCACCAUCUCCGCCUACGGGGACACCAACUGCGUCCCCAACCACGUACAGCACGCCCUCUCCAGCACCGGCAUCGCCCUCAACCACGUCCCCGCAGGUAUUAAAGAUGCAAGUGAUAAGAAGAUCUUAGUUGACAUGUUAAUCUGGGCUAUUGACAACCCUCCACCGGCAAAUUAUUUGCUAAUAUCUGGUGAUCGGGACUUCUCGAAUGCCCUUCAUAAGCUAGUGAUGAGACGGUACAAUAUUCUACUAGCACAACCUCCAAAUGUGUCUCAAGCGCUUACUGCUGCAGCAAAACAUGUUUGGCUAUGGAAAGACCUUGUGGCUGGGGAACCACCAUUGGCAGAGUCCCCAUACGUAAGUAGCAUAACAAAUGGCAGUGUGGAUCAUUCAAAUGCAUUGAAGAACAUGGUUUCAGAUUCUUCAGAUGCAACUCCACAUAAUAGUACUCAAGGGCAGAAUAACAUUCCCUGUGAUCAGCAAAAAGGUGGUAACGGCAAGGCAGAUAAACAAUAUAAAGUUAGGCAACCUCGGAAAAACCAGUCAGAUAAUGUAUCUAAGCCAACAAGGACCGAUGAAGCUUCAGUUGAUGGAGUAUCUGAUAGUUCUAAAGGAAGCACUGCUACCGAGCCAAAUCAAUCUCAGCCUUCAUCAUCCUCAUUACCAAGUUCUGAUUUGCAAGAUGGGGGUGGGGCACAGGUGGAUCAUCUUCCCAGUCCAAAAAGCCAGCCAUCUCCCCAGUCCAAAAAGCCUGUAAAAUCUACUCUUUCCCAUCAAAAGAGUGCUCCUCAUGACUUUUAUGGCAAGAAGCCUGGUGUGUCAACUGAGUCUUCAUCUAAAAAUGGUGCUCCUGACGUGACUAGCAAUGGUCGUCCAAAGUAUCAGAAAUCCCAAUUCUCUCAGCAACCAAGACAACAGAACCCAGUGAACCAUCGUCCUCAUGGUGGAUCUGGCCAAUCAUCAAACUCACAUAGAAGCAACUCAUGUCCAGCACCAGCUGGGCAUAAUGGUAUUCCUACUGCACCAAUGCAAUUCUGGCCAAGUGGCCCACCUUAUCAUGGAGCACCAAUCAAUUAUCCUGAUAUGAGUCGGUUGAAUAUUUCUGAAUACCCUAGAGGUAUUCAUAAUAACCAAGGUUUGCAUGCCAACUACCAUCCAAACCAUCCUGGUGCCCCACAUAUCAUUCAACCUGGUUACAAUGAUUAUAGUUACAGACCUCCAACUCAGCCUAACAUGCCUAGCAACAUGCAAAAUAUUGGACACUGGGGAGCCAACCCGGGAUGUCCACAGCCAUCUUCGGACCCUCAAGGUCUUGUAAGACAUAUCUUAGGUGCUUUGGAAGUUUUGAAGACUGAGAAGAUUCCCCCAACAGAACAAUAUAUAGCAGAUUGUAUAUGUUAUGGUGAUGCUAAUCUACCAAAUUUUGAUGUUAAGAAGGCACUUCAAGUUGCCAUGCAGCAUCAAGCUGUUGUCAAGAAAAAGCUAGGGAAAAUGUCAUUCUUUCUGGGAAAAGGCGAAAAUCUCUGGAAAUGUGUUAAUAUAAUGGAUGAUAAUGCAAAAUAUCCAAAAGAAACUCUAGACUCUGUUCAUGCUUUCAUGUCUUCAGCUUCAGGCCAUUCUGAGAUAAAGAGUUCUCAAUCUAGGUAUCAAGCUGCUAUUAUGUUGAAGAAAACAUGCCUGAAGCAUCUUGCCCUUGCUGAAGUCCUUCAGGUUCUGAAUAUCAUAAUCAACACAAAAAAGUGGUUCGUGCCCCAUUCUUCAGGUUGGCAGCCAUUGUCCUUCAACAUAAUAGUGGCUGAUGCUACUACUGCCGCUAGUGGAAAAGCUUAGCAUUGGUACAUUAUCUGCUUGUACCAACUGAACAUUUUGAGGUUCUGGUGGUCAGUGCAAGCUGCGUCUGCAAAAGCUAAGUUGUGUUGAUGUUUCCUAGCACUUGCUCUGCAUUUUGCAAAGUUUGGGGAUAUUAAGUAGUUUUACACAGUAUCUGAGCAGGAGUGGAACAGUAAGUAGCCUUAGACCUGUUACAUUUUAGUGGGAGUCAGUCUGUCAAUAUACUAUUAGGCAUGUUGAAAGAACUCGUCCGGGUUGCCCUGGCUGUGGUUAUUCCUAUGGGUCAAUGGUGAUAGAUGUGGUGGUAAGAUGAUUGUGCAAUCAAAGCAUAAAGCGGUUCAGAAGGACUAUAACCUUUUGUUCAGGCAGUAUACUAAUGCCUGAUGCUGGUGGUUAUGAUAUGCUCUCAUUGUACCCAGAUGGCUUAAAAGGCAUCCAUGAAAUAUGAGUUGACAUGAAGGAAAUUUUCUGUAGUAUUGGUAGAGCUGCAUAGCUGCUGCUAUUAAGAUACUAAUUGAAGCCCUGAGCUAUCCAUAUUGUAUUCCCAGUUUCUACAUGUACUCAUUGCAGCAAGCAUGGAUAGAUGGACCCUGUGAAGUUGAGUGUAUCCACUUUUGAAGCAUGACAACAGAGUCUGAAAUGCAAGCAAACUGCAUUAAAGACAGUCAUGUUGGUUGCAAGGUUACCUAUAGUUUGGUUGCCUCUUGCCUCUGCUGGGAAGGGUUUGUAGUUCAUCUAAGCGCCUUUCAGCAUCUUUGCUCCCACCUUAGAUGGUGGGAUGUUUCUUGUAAUGCUGACAAUUAUCAAACUAUUAUGGUGCUUCUUGUAAAUCUUACUGGUUGCUGAUUCUGUGCCAAGAGCCCUGUUUGCCAUGUUGGUUGGGAGUGAAUGGUUGAUGAUUCUGUUAAAUGCUUUGAUA